AUGCCCCAAAACCCCAAAUUUGCCUACGAGGCACAAGAGCCUGCCUUUCUCCAGAGGCUUCGAGGUCAAUACGGUGGUGACACAUCUGGUCGCCUGGAGCGACCUGCCGCGCGGAAUAGAAAAGUCAAAGAUCCCAAGGACGAAGAGGAUGACGAACCUGUAUAUGUCGACGAGGAAAGCAACGAAGUGAUCACCAAGGAGGAGUACAAAGCGCUGGUCGAGCCUCCAAAAGAUAAUGCGACGAACACCGAGGACCCGUCCACAGCAGAGGAGUACAAGAAGCCCACUGAGCCCAUUGCUAAACAGAGUAACCUCACUGAAGUUGGGGGCCAGAGAAAACGAAAGCAAGCCAAGGUAGUGGGCGAGGAAAAUAAGCCGGAGUCCGAGGCACCCGUGGCGCAAGAAAAGCAAGAAAAGCUAGAAAAGCCCAAGAAGCCCAAGAAAGCAAAGAAAAUCAAGCUUUCCUUUGAUGAGGAGUAG